CUAUGCACAGAGGCCGCUAGAGGCACAGAGAUUUGGUAAGAAGAAGAAGGAAAAAACCCUAGAAGAAGAGGAGCGACGAAGACGAAGCUUUAUUGACGACUGUAGAUCGACGGUUGAUGUUCAUUGAUCGAUCGAGUUCAAUCACUAGGCUUGUUGUCGCUGAUUGAAGCUUAGAAGAAGAAGAAGAACCGAAACUUCGUUAUUCUUUAUCACGAUUUCAAGAUCUUUUCUCAACAUUCGUUGAACGUCUCUCUUUUGUUUAAUCUCCGAAGUUCCGUCAGAUCAUCAAUCGUCGCUGCGAUUGUAAUCGAAAGAACAGGGUUGGGUAGAAAAGGAAAUCAAGUAGCAAAAGCAUCCUGUAAUGCUCGUGUGGCAGACCAUUAGUUGAUGGAACAGGACCUCUAUCAGCAAGCAUGCUUGGGUCAGUUGAUCUAGAACUUACAAACUUUAUCGAUCCCGACUUAACUUGGAAGACAGUGAAAAAAGGUUCCAGGAGUUCAUCUAGACGCUCUAGGAGACCAACUGGGAGAAGCUUGAAUAUUGGUAUGCAACUGGAUGAUAAAAGCCCCAAAGGGGUGGAGGAUUCAUCAGUUUCUGAACCGGAGAAGCUUGGUGUAGCUGUUCUUGGCCGACGCUUUGCUGACAAGGUAGAGCAUGUACCAAUCAAGAAAAGGAGACUUUUGCUCCGGUCUCCAUCACCACCACAUCAGACCCCUCUGGCACAGCACGAGGAGCCUCUAUCACCGCGAUCUCAGACCCCUUCACACCCUGAAGAGCCCAAGCGGCUUCUAGAUGAUAAUUGUGCUUCUGAUCGUUGGUGGUAUUCAAAUUCAGUUUCCAAGCAGAAGAUGGGGGCAUUCGAUGGUUCUAUAGCAGUUCAGUUACGUCAAGAUGUUGAUGGUGGAGUUAUGAUCGGGAAACUUGAGGACUUCUCAGGUAUUGCACUUCUCGCAGCUGCUGCCUGCAAUAAUAGCAUUGGUGUUGAUGUUGAUCAUGCCAAGGAGGGUGAAGUGGUGGAAGAAAUUUUGCCACAAGAAGGGAACGAAUCAUCUUUAUCUGCCAGACCUUUAAAAGAAACUAUUACAUCUUCUGAAGAAGUCAAUUUGCAAACAGGGUCUGUAUAUGAAGAUAACAUGGAUGGUUCAUUUGUUCACGAUAAUUCUGUGUCUGUUUCAAGGAAUGAGGAUGAUGGGGAAGUGAAAUGUUCUGUUCCUUCAAAAGAUGGCCGGUUACACUGGGACUUGAAUACUGUGAUGGACGCAUGGGAGCAACCCUGUGCUGAUUUAACUAUUCAUUCUCAAAGAAAUGCUUCAGAAGGUGUGUCAGGUGAUGGUGGACACAUUGAAAAGCUGGAGAAUUUGGACAGUUGUGAGAAACAAAGGGUUGUUGACGAUAGCCAAAAUGAUAUAGAAAGUAAGGUGCAGUCUAAGGUGUGCGAAACAGUUUCUGCGCAAUUUGAAGCAUGCUCAGGAGCUGAGAGGACCUGUUGUGAAGAAAAAUCUGUUUCUGCAUCAAUAGAACAUGCUCUGGCACCUUUAAAAUAUGCUAGUGCUGAUACACAAGCUUUAACCCAGGUGGUCAGCACUGACACAUCCCUUGAUAAAUUCUCCUGCUCUGUUUCAGAUCAUAUUUCAAGCAGCGCAUGUGUAUCUGAGGAAAAGAUAAAUGCAACUCCCAUCUGCGUUGUUAAGCAGAUCAAAGAAGAUUGUUGCAGAACUACCAUGCAACUUGGGGAAAUUGUAUCUUCAGAAGGUGUUCAGCUCGGGAAGCUUGAUGGUCAUUUCCCUGAUGUGCCAGUCUCAGAGAAAGCUAUGUGCGAGAUUGACAGCAUUCCUUGUAAAGAUGGUGGUGGGGAUUCUGGAAAAACAUCUGGGUUGCUUGAUAAUAGGACUUCACCAAAGGAAGAGAUUAGCAUUACCACCUGUCAAACAUUAGAUGUUGAUUCUUUGAGUAAAUCAGAUAAAAUAGGUCCUUCUGGUCCUUCCCAUCCUUCACCCAAGUGUGAAAAUUCGUCUGCACUAGGAACCUCUGAUGUGGAAGGCCUACCUGUUGCAAGUCUUGACUUGAAAGAACAAGAUGAUAAUGCUUCUGCAGCUGGUACUUCUCUAAAUGGUUAUGCAUUAUGCCUUGAGCCUAAGGAGCUGCCAGAGUCUUGCAGAAAAGUUGUAGUCCUCUCGCACGAGUCAUGCAAACCUUAUGAUAAUGGUCCCGGUAUAGAAGAUCCUUCUGAUGAUUGCUAUAACUCAGAUGUUUCUCCUGAUGGUAGGGGAAACAUGGUUGAUGUGGAUAUGACUGAACUACAGACAGGUUAUGAUUCUCCAUUUGAGGAUGGAGAAUUAAGGGAGGCAACUGCAUAUUCCUGGGAGGAGAAUGAAGUUGAAGGAGAAACCGAAUUUGUGGACUAUGAGUCUGAUAAUGGAGUCACAGAGGACUUUGACGCCGCUGGUUUUACUAUGUCAGAAAAAGUUGAAGUUGAGGACUGUGGCACAGGAGCUCCUUUAAAGGAACCAAGCCGUUCUGCAAGUUUAAAUACAAAAUUUUCUGGACGGGAUCAAUUGCCUGAAGGUCGUGAAUGUUCUACGGAUAGGACAGGGGAAGUUAAUGAUGUUAGCCUACAAAAAAUCCAUACUUCUGAUUGCAUUGAUGGGCUUGAUGUGAAAGGUUUUUCCAUGGCGGAGGUUAAAUCAAGGGCAUCUAGGGGGAAGCUGUCCUCACAGGUUGAGGGAACAUCAUGUUCUGAUGAAAUACAGGGCAAGGGUGCUGUAUUUAUACCGCGGAGCAGGAACAUUGAAGGUUCAUACUACCGACCUGAAAGGGAGUUUGAUUCUGAGAAAUUCCUGGGAAGGGACAGAUCCAUGCUGCAAAUGCAUGACAGAAGCCAGGAUGAUGGUCACUGGGUUGAUUCUUCAGCUGGCUAUUGGGAUUCAAGGAACCGUUAUUCAACUAAUUCUCAUGUUCCGCAUGGUCCUGGACAUGCCAGGCGAAGAAGCCUUAUUGCAAAUAUGGCUGCAAAGGUUGAGGGACUACCUCGUGAUCACAGAAGACCUAUAAAUUAUUCCUCGAGAGGUGGGUAUAGGCCUCCCAUGAGGAGAUCACCAACUGACAGGGAUGAUGGUUACGGGGUGCAUAGGAGAAUGCUACCAAUGAGGGACAUUAACCGUAGUAGGAGUGGGGACAGGUCUGUAAUAUUGCGACAAGGGGUGAGUAGAGGCCUCAGGGGUGAAUAUAAUCGGCCUGGUUUUGACGACCCUGCAUCAUCUGUUCGUGUGCCACAUUAUGUGGCCAGGAGAGAGCGAAGCUUUUCCCCCAUUCCCAGCAGAGGUGCUCAUUUUCCCCGAUCCCGCAGGAAAUCACGGUCAAGAUCCAGAACUCGUUCUCCUCCCCUUGCAUGGCAUUUGCAGAGAGAGAGAAAUGUGGGUGGUAGAUGCGACAGUAGAUCUCCAGAUUUCAGGUCUGAGGGCCGAAUGAAGAGAAUGAGGAUACCCUUUCAGAAGUCCAGUUUUCCAGCAUACGAAGAAGAAAGUUUCAUGCCCCUGCCAGGUGGUCGGAUUUCCCCAAAGUAUAAUUCGAGAUUGAUGAAUGAUCGGAAUUCUGUGGGUGAUCAUUUUAGGGACAGGUCACCGCCGCCUGUGAGACAGUUUCAGCGGAGGCAAAGAUUUGAUUUGGUGGGCGAUUCUCCUGGAAGAGUAAAGUCGGACAAUUACUUUAGACCUAUGGUACGUCGUGGAAGAUUCAGUGGGAUGAGUGGAAGCCCUGGUAGGGGUCAUAAAUUUGAUGGCAGUGAUGAUGAUAGAAGGAAACCAGGUGGUGAGAGGUACGAAGAAAUGAUGAUUCGUAGAGUGAGGCGCUAUGAUAAUGGUGGUGGUGUGGUGAGGCGGUUCCACUAUGAGAAAGAAGAAUGUUUCGAGGCGCAUAACAACAACAACAACAACAACAACCAUAACGAGGAUGAGUGCAUUACCACGACGACGCGUACUACUGGGAGAAGGAUGUAUAUAAGGAAUAAUGGUAGGGAAGAGAGGGGGGGCGGCACAAUGCGAUAUAACAACAAUGAGAACAGCAGGAUGUAUAUAGGUAGCCCCAAGUCAUCUGGAAUUCGAGAUUUUGAGGAGGAUGCAUCACCACCCAGAAAAGGAUGAUGACUUUUGAUGGCUUCUUUUGGAUUUUCAUGUGCCUUCUUUUCCUUGUGGGGGUUGGUUGGCUUUGCUGGUAGGUUAGGAGAUCGAUCUUUACACCUGUUCCAACAUUUCCAGUUCUGUUCUCUUUUAGAGAGAAGCAUUUCUAAUUUUAAUCUCUCUUUUUUUUUUUUUUUUUUUUUUUGCCUGAUUUUAGUCCUUAGUAGUGCUCUAGUUUUUUUGCCAUCUGAUGAUUUACUUAUUAGGCUUCUUGCUCUUGUUUUAAUUUUCUUUGAUUUGUAUUUUUUUGGUUCCUUCUCCCUUUUCCUUUUGGCCGCCUCGGCUAUUGUUACCUCUAUAUAUCAAGUCAUAAAGAUGAAUUGAGUUAUUAAAAUCUCAAUUUGUAUUUAUUCAA